UCUUACCCCUUUACGGCCUUAUAGUCAUCAUGGGACGUGUUAUCCGUUCCCAGAGAAAGGGUCCAGGAAGUGUGUUCAAGGCCCACACAAAACACAGGAAAGGGGCGGCCAAACUUCGAGCCGUUGACUAUGCUGAAAGACAUGGCUACAUCAAGGGCAUCAUUAAGGAUAUCAUCCAUGACCCUGGCCGUGGAGCCCCCCUGUGCAAAGUUGUAUUCCGUGAUCCAUACAGAUACAAGAUGAAGAAUGAGACCUUCAUUGCUGCCGAGGGCAUGUAUACCGGACAGUUUGUAUACUGCGGAAAGAAAGCCAACCUCCAAGUUGGCAAUGUGCUGCCAGUUGGCUCCAUGCCUGAAGGUACCAUCAUCUGCAGUCUGGAGGAGAAGACCGGGGACCGUGGCAAGCUUGCACGUGCCUCAGGCAACUAUGCCACAGUCAUCUCCCAUAACCCAGACACACGCAGGACACGUGUGAAGCUUCCAUCUGGUUCCAAGAAAGCCAUUCCCUCAACAAACAGGGCUAUGGUUGGUAUUGUUGCUGGUGGUGGUCGUAUUGACAAACCCAUGCUGAAGGCUGGACGUGCCUACCACAAGUACAAGGCCAAGAGAAACUGCUGGCCUAAAGUCAGAGGUGUUGCCAUGAACCCCGUUGAGCAUCCCCACGGUGGUGGUAACCAUCAACAUAUUGGAAAGGCUUCGACCGUCAGGAGGGACACCUCUGCUGGUAGAAAGGUCGGUCUUAUCGCUGCCAGACGUACCGGUCGUCUUCGUGGUACAAAGCAGCUCACAGGAAAGUCGGACAAAGAGUAAAUGCAGUUGUACAAACAAGAAUAAAACAUGUCCAGGGAA